GGUAGAGCAGAGUUGAAACAAAGCGACCACAGACCCGUAAUCGCUAUUAUCGACCUAGAAAUCAGAAGCAUUAACGAAGACAUGCGCCAGAAGGUAUUUUACGAAGUAAUCGCGGAAAUGGGACCGCCCGAUUCAACCCUGAUAGUCAACUCCGAGGGUGAUGAUGGCGAAGAGUUCGUGUUCGACGAUAACAUGGUUAUGACCCUUCUUGAAGAAUUCUCCCAAUUCGGAGAGACUACAUUGGUGCGAUUUGUCGGCGAUACGCUCUGGAUAACUUUUAGAGAGGGCCAGAUGGUCUUGGAAGCGUUAAAGAAGACAGCUGGGAAGAUACAGGUGAAUGGUGUUAAUUUGUGUCUUUCCUUGAAGACAUCCAAUUGGAUAGAGCAAACUAAAGAAGAAAUUAAACUAUGCUCUUGUAAUGCUACUCCUCUAUACGUGGCAUCGAGUCCUUCUGAUUAUAAUUGUUUAGGCAUUCCAGAGGUACGAAAUAUGCCGCGUUCUGUUCCUCCAAGUCGCCCACCGCCUCCGUCUGUUAAACCCACUUCACCGAUUUCAAGAGCAGCUCCGCCUAAAGCCAGAGUCAUUAGCAUGCCAUUAAUUCCCCAAAAACCGUCUGCUGUUCUUCAGGCCAGCACGUCCGAUUCUCCACCAAACAUCCCUCCGCCUGAUUUACCACAAGAGGAAAGUGUCUAUGAAGAGAUAAGCGAUGAUGUGACGAGUGCUCCGGAACCGUCAGGACCGCCUCCGCCUCCUCCUCCAAGACCCGAAGCUAAUUUACCACCUACACCUUCAAGGGGACCUCCGCCUGUUCCUGCGCGAUCGGCGCCGCCUCCGCCAUUACCAGCAAGGCCGAGACAGUAGAAGGUUUCGUUCGAAUACUAAUAUAAAUACCUGCAUCAAAUGGAUUAGGCUAAAAAGGUUACUUAACCAGCUUAAUUAAUGUGUAGUUACGAUGACUAGAUGUAUAAAAAUAUUUAAGAUUAUUUGGUAUUCUGUAAGUGGUGGAUUUGUGAUGAGCAUUUAUUCGCGAUCGUAAUUUACGAUUUCACCUAAUUUUCUCGAAUGUAUUUAUUUAUUUUUUUAAAGAAACAUUCCUACUUAUGUAAAUUUGUAAAUAAUAAGGUUCUGAUGAAUUUAAAUUCGAUACCUACCAAUUAUGUUAUUACUUUAAUUAACAAUGGAUCAAAUAUAGAUGUUUAAAAAAGGGAUUAAUCGAAUAUUGUAAGAUUUAUGAAAAAUUGGGUCGAAAUUGAUAUGAACUAAUGGGUUAAAUAAGUUAAUAAUCGAUAAAAUCAAAGAACUCGUUAUGUAUUCCACACAGAUAUAGUGGUAGUUGGCAUUUGCUUUGUUAUUUUUUGAAACAAAGUGUACACUUUUUGGAAAAGUUGAUAUCAUAAUCUAUAAAACAUAAAUGUUAUGCAAUAGUUUUUAGUUAUGAUUAUAGAAAAUUUCAUGUCUAAAAUAUGUCGAGGGUGUAGCAGCGCUUUACCCGUCUGGUUAUCUUCGUAGGUACUUACGCAAUAGGUCAAUACUUAAAAUAGGAGUUACUCUUAUAAGAAAAAUGAAUAUUCAUUCAAUAUUUUAAAUUUAGCUACGUACCUCAUGUUUUUUCGUGCAAAAUAUUUUAGAAAUAUUAAAUGAUAUUGUUAAUAUGAACACCUACUAGAAUUCAUUAAAGAAAAUACUAUUUUGUGUGCAAUAACUAGUACUGUCUAGAAAAUUGGUUUGUUAAUUUUUGGAAGAUUUUAAGUUUGUUUUGU